CUACCAAAUAUCUACAGCAUCACACGCUGCACAUAGGCUUUCGGACUCGUUGUUUUGAGAAACUAAGCACCUCCACUUGCGCUGCUCUUUCGUCCACACAAACUACUUUAUCUUGACUUCGGGACUCACAUAAAUAUCAACGCUUGUUGGAUUAGAGGAGGAGCGAUAUCCCGGUCUUUAAUUUGACAGUUCCCAUAGUAUUGGCAGCGGCUGCUGUGGAGCGUCAGGGCGUUAUAGCUAGGAGCUAUCAUGGCGGAAGCCGCUGACUUCGCUCUCGAACCCCCGUUUGCUCAGAAGUUCAAGGCUUCUAGAGUCAAGGAGAUCAUCGGGAGCGUCCUGGUGGCGCGUCUCUCAGGGCAACAAUACCAUGCAGACAACACCUCGUCGUGGGCACGAGAGAUUGCAGAUGAGAUCAAGAACAAGCUAAAAGAGGAGAACUGGAGCCGCUACAAGUAUGUGGUGCAGGUCUUCAUCGCGGAGCAGCGUGGCGAGGGCGUCAGGUUGGCCUGCCGGGGGUUCUGGGACCCCAACACAGACAACUACGCGCACGACACGUUCUCGAACGAGAGCCUCUUCUGCGUGGCGACUGCCUUCGGCGUGUACCUGUACUGAGGGAGCGUGGAGCGAGGCACCUGGAUUAAGCUGCCUGGCUUGGGCAGCUGCCUGCACAGCUGCUUGACUAGCUGGGCUGAAAUGACAUGGGCGGACGUGAACUGCAAUGGGCGGCGCGGCGAUGCUGGGAUGUGGAAUGGCCUCGGCGUGUGGUGCUGCGGGGCAGAUGGGGACAACAUGCACGUAGAGCAGACCACAGGAUCGGGACAUUAAGGCCGAGGGGACAGGGCAACUGUUGCAGAGCAGGCCAGCAUAGAUGUGAUUGCCAAUGGGUUGCCGCGCGCGGGAAAUGCCAUUGACGCACUUGCACGUUUGGAGGCGCUUGAUGGCGGCGCUCAGGAGCGUGUUUGGCAGGGACACGGAGGAUUAUGGUGACGGCGCAUCGGUCGCACGAAAUGUACAUAACGGUUUAGCUGCGAUUGGGUACGCCGGUGAGGCCCCCCAGCGCACUCUGCCCUACUCCAAUUGCUAAUGACGUGUAACGUGUGGUUACC